AUGCAGCUUCGUGCAAACUGCAUCCUUAUUUUGUUGCUAUGGUUGAUUGCCUUGGAAAGCAAAAUUGUUACUGGCUCAUCUUAUUCUCUCCUCAGGAAACUUGAACUUGAACGAUCACAAGUUGUAGUUGGAAAACCUAGUGAAGAUGGAGGAUACCAGCCACCAGUAAGUGCACCUCCAACUCAAGGGUAUCCAUCUCCAACACCACCUUCGAUUCAAACACCACCAUCUCAGGGUUACCCAUCUCCUUCCCCUCCUAUUCAGUACCAUCCACCUUCACCAAGUCCACCUACUCAUGGAAAUCCACCGCCAACUCACGGUUAUCCCUCUCCACCAUUUCCUCCAUCGUCCCCUCCUACUCAGAGCCCUCCAAUCCAAACACCGCCAUCUCAUGGCUACAGUCCUCCUCCUGUAAUCUCUCAUCCUCCUUCACCAAACCCACCUAGUCAUGCACUUCCACCUCCAACUCAAACACCACCAACUCAUGGUUAUCCAUCUCCACCUCCAACUCAUGAAUACCCAUCACCACCUUUCUUAAGCCCUCCCAUACAAACACCACCAUCUCAUGGAUACACCCCACCAUCUCAAGGUGGGCAACCACCUCCUAUAAUUUAUCACCCGCCUUCACCAAGACCACCUAGUCAAACACAUCCGCCUCCAACUCAUGGUUAUCCCUCUCCAUCACCUCCUACUCAACACCCAUCACCACCAACUCAUGCUUACCCUCCACCACCUACUUCAAUCCCUCCAAUCCAAACACCACCAUCUCAUGGCUAUAACCCACCAACUCCCAGUGGACAACCACCACCUGUUAUAUAUCACCCGCCUUCACCAAGCCCACCUAGUCAUCCUCCUCCAACUCAAACACCACCAUCUCAUGGUUAUCCUUCCCCAUCACCUCCUAUUCAGCACCCAUUUCCACCAACUCAUGGUUACCCUCAACCAUCUACCCCAAGCCCUCCAAUCCAAACACCUCCAUCUCAUGGCUACACCCCGCCUUUACCAAGCCCACCUACUUAUGGUCACCCUCCGCCAACUCAAACACCACCACCUACUCAAAUCUCACCACCACCACCUCAUGGUUACACCCCACCAACUCCUAGCGGACAAUCACCACCUGUUCAUGCACAUCCACCGCCAAGUCAGACACCACCAAGCCAUGGCUAUCCCUCUUCGCCGCCUCCUGCUCAACUCACACCACCAACUCAUGCUUACCCGACACCACCUAUAAUUUAUCAUCCACCUUCACCUAGCCCACCUAUUCAUGCAUAUCCACCGCCAACUCAGACGCCACCAACUCAUGACUAUCCUUCUCCAUCGCCUCCAGCUCAGCACCCACCGUCACCAACACAUGGCUAUCCACCAUCACCUUCGUUAAGCCCUCCCAUCCAAACACCACCAUCUCAUGGCUAUACCCCACCAUCUCAGAGUGGACAACCUCCUCCUGUCAUCUAUAACCCACCGCCAACACCUUCUCAAGGUUAUGGGCAUCCUUCCCCUCCACUGUAA